AUGGCCCGUCUCCUCCCGCUCGCCGUCUUGGCGUCCCCCCUCCUCCCCGGUGCCAUGGCCUGGGGCUCCAUGGGCCACGCCGCGGUCGCCUACAUCGCCACCAACUUCGUCGCCCCCGAGACCAAGUCCUACAUGCAGCAGCUCCUCGGCGACACCUCCGACGACUACCUCGCCUCCGUCUCCAGCUGGGCCGACUCCUACCGCUACACCACCGAGGGCGCCUUCACCUCCACCUUCCACUACAUCGACGCCCUCGACGACCCCCCGGCCUCCUGCGGCGUCGACUUCGACCGCGACUGCGGCCCCACCGGCUGCAUCGUCUCCGCGCUCGCCAACUACACCACGCGCAUGCUGACCCCCUCCCUCUCCCUGGAGCAGCGCCAGAUCGCCGCCAAGAUGGUCAUCCACUUCACCGGCGACAUCGGCCAGCCGCUGCACUGCGAGAACCUCGAGCUCGGCGGCAACGGCAUCGCCGUCGAGUUCGCCGGCGCCAGCACGAACCUGCACGCCGCGUGGGACACCAACAUCCCGCAGAGCAUCUCCGGCGGCAGCGGGCUCGCCGUCGCCAAGACGUGGGCCGCGAACCUGAGCACCGAGAUCAGCUCCGGCGACUUCAAGAGCGCGGCAAAGUGCUGGACGCAGGGGUUGAGCCUGGCGGACCCGCAGGACAUGGCGCUGCAGUGGGCGACGGAGAGCAAUGCGUUCGUGUGCACUGUGGUCCUGCCCGAGGGCCGCGCCGGGGUGGAGGGGCUGGAUAUUAGUGGUGCGUAUACGACGAGCGCGCAGCCUACUGUGAGCAUGCAGAUUGCGAAGCAGGGGUAUAGUUUCUAG